ACGAGCAUAAUUUGCAGACGCACCUCCUGCAAAAAUAGCUUGCAACUAAACAAAUCACAAUUUUUGCAGAUUUUAAACGGGGAACAUUUUUUUCAGUUUAAUUUUCUUAGCCGCAACACACCUUUAAAGUAGACCCAGAAACGCCACCGAAACAGGGCGUAAAAGAACGUCCUAUGUUUGCCUUCCUUGUUGCUCUAAAUAGUUAGUAAAAGUAGCUGGAAGUGGCUCCACAGAUGUCGUGUACGCUGGUUGGACCCUCUGGGAUCCGGGUUCCACUGGAGGACGGACGGGCUGUGAUUCUGGGCCGGGGUCCGGACACUGGGGUGGCCGACAAGAAAUGCUCCAGGCACCAGGUGAAGGCGGUGGCUUGUUAUGCAGAGCAGGAUGUGGUUGUUACUCAGCUUGGGCCAAAUCCCAGUUUCCUAAAUGGUGAGAAGCUGGGUCGGGGUCAGUCAGGUAAACUUACCCACGGAGGCACCCUGUACCUGGUCAACCAGAGCCACCCGUUUACACUGGACGUCUCUCUGAGCUCCAACGGAACAGCUUGCAAUAUGCCACGGAGGAACCUGAAAGCCUCAGAUAAGACUAAAGGAGGUAGAAACAGGAAGGAGGCUGAAUCCAGUCCGACUCCAAAACGCAGUAUUAAGGACUUCUUUUCCGUCUCUCCCUCUAAGGCUUCUAAAAGGCAGCUGAACACAGAGAGGGACCAGUCGGAGGUGAAGCGACAGAAAUUAGAUGAGCAGGAUGAGGAGGAGAGACUCGCUGAGGAAAAGCUAAAGCAGCUGCAGGAGUUUGCAGAAAAGAAGAUGACAGAGGAGAAUAAAGACACCCAUUCUUCCCCGUCGUCAUCUCCAGCAAAGGCGUGCAUGAAGAGCAGCUGGCAGCAGACAGGAAACCUCUUGUUUUACAUCGCUGCAGGAGUGAAAGCGAGCGACAAGAUUGCUGGGUUUGAUAUUGAUGGAUGCAUUAUCACCACCAAAUCUGGAAAAGUAUUUCCCACCGCACCUGAUGACUGGAAGAUUCUGUACCCGGAGAUUCAGCCCAGGCUGGCCAGCUUGCUCAAAAAAGGCUAUAAGGUUGUUUUCUUCACCAACCAGCUGGGGAUCGCUAGGGGCAAACUGAUACCAGAGGUGUUCAAGUCUAAAGUGGAGGACAUCCUCACCACACUGCAGCUGCCUGUGCAGGUGUUUGUCGCCAGCGGCCCUGGUGUCUACAGGAAACCCGUGAUGGGAAUGUGGAAUCACCUGUGUGAGAAAGCGAAUGACGGGCUGGCUGUCGACAAGACCCAGAGUUUUUAUGUCGGAGAUGCUGCAGGAAGGCCGGAGAACUGGGCUCCGGGCAAGAAGAAGAAGGAUUUCUCCUGCAGUGACAGAUUGUUUGCGCUGAACAUUGGGCUUAAGUUCUACACACCAGAAGAAUACUUUUUAGGAUGGAAGAGCGCCCCCUACAGCCUGCCUGACUUUGACCCUCGGAAGCUCGACUCCAGCUGCAGACUGUUCGACCCGCCGUCCGCCUCGCUCACCUGCACCAACACAGAAGUUAUUGUUGCCGUGGGUUACCCUGCAGCUGGUAAAUCCACCUUCUUCCACACCCACGUUGUUCCGAAGGGCUACGUCUACGUCAACAGGGACACGCUCGGCUCCUGGCAGAACUGCGUGUCGGCUUGCGAGCGCGCUCUGAAGGAGGGCCGCAGCGUCGCCGUGGACAACACCAACCCAGACCCAGAGUCUCGCAAACGAUACUUGGACGUGGCCAAAGCAGCAGGAGUGUCCUGUCGUUGUUUCCUCUUCACUGCCACCUUGGAGCAAGCCAAGCACAAUAACAGAUUCCGUGAGAUGGCUCCAUCCAACAGCAAACACGCUAAGGUCAACGACAUGGUUUUCCACAGCUACAAGAAAAACUUUGUGGCUCCAAAUGUCUCUGAGGGGUUCUCUGAGAUCCUUCAAAUCCACUUUGUUCCACACUUCAAGGACAGUCAGUCUGAAACUCUGUUCAGGCAGUUCUCCGAGGGCUGACCGGACUCAAGCAGCCGGUUCUGACAACGACGGAUCACAGAUGAGACCUCAGGAAAGACACUGGGAUAUUAGACCUGCAACUGAUAAACAGUCUGCUUAUUUAGCUCACAUGCUAAGCUAUUGAAGUGAUUACUUUAGGCAGCAGAGAUGUCAAGCAGAUUAGCUCAGGUCAUUUUAUUGACAUAAUGUUGCAAGAAGCAUUACAUCAUAACAGAGACACUUUUGUCUAUAUGUUGAGUCUAGAGAUAAACUGGUAAAAUGUAAGAACAGAAAUAGAUUUUUUUUUUUUUUUACUUCCAUUGCUCCAAAUUUUCACCGUUUCCACUGGACAAUAAAACUUCCUACCUGAA